CUCUUUCUUCCUCUUAUCUCCUGAUUGAAGUGCAGACGUAGUACUGUGAAGUAAUCCAUUCGUUAAAAGAGCAGCUUCAUCACUGCUUUUGAGUCUACACAAUUAUUGGAAAACCAUGCUUCUAAAUAGACAAGUACACAAGAUAUUGUCACAUGUUUGCCUCAAAAACAGAACUGGAUCAGUUCCUGCACCAAUCUGUGGUAGAGAUCUGUCUUCAUUACUUUCAUUGCUUUUACCUCAGACAUGGCAGUCAGUGCACAUGUCCAGUCAUCACCAGAAAUUCUUGCACUGCUCCAAAGUCUUGGCAAAGCUGACCAGAACUGAAACUAGGAAAUGCUCAGUUCUUUUAGAGACUUUUGUGCAUGGUAAAAAAAGUUUAUCAUCAUCUAGCUCUACAUUUACAAAACAAGGAAGAUGGAGAAGACUAUUUGUAGCUUCUAGUCUAAUUACUGCUGCUGGUGCAUUGGUUAUUGCAUUUCCAGAGGUGCAAGAGAGAAGAAAAAUUAAAGUCUUUAUUGGAGGAAUAGGCAGAUUUUUCAGGUCCCUGGUUAUUGGACUGAACAUAUCCCUUGAUUACAAAUGGUCUCUGUGGAAGCUGGAUGAAGAAUCUGAGGAGUAUGAAAAGGUCAUCAAAGGAUGUCACCGAAGGGCUGCAGAGCGCAUUCUAACAGGAUGCCUAAAGAAUGGUGGCCUUUACAUCAAGCUAGGUCAAGGUCUUGUAUCUAUGAACCACAUCUUGCCACGGGAAUAUCUUGAUGUGCUGGUUGUUUUGCAAGACAAAGCGCUUACACGCAAAACAGAUGAGGUUGAACAGCUGUUUCUUGAAGACUUUGGUCUCAAGCCAUCAGAGAUAUUUUCUGACUUCAACCCAGAGCCAAUUGCUGCCGCUAGUUUAGCCCAAGUCCACAGAGCAAUAACAAAAGAUGGCAGGGACGUAGCUGUAAAGGUCCAAUACAUUGAUUUGCAAGACCGCUUUUCAGGAGAUAUUAGCACUUGUGAAUUCUUGCUAAAAGUCAUUGGAUGGAUCCACCCAAAGUUUGCCUUUGCUUGGGUGCUUGAGGACUUGAAAGAAACUUUGCGACAAGAACUGGAUUUUGAACAGGAAGGACGCAAUGGGGAGCAGUGCUCACAAGACCUCAAGCAUCUCAGCUUUGUCUAUGUGCCAAAGAUUCAGUGGGACUUGACCAGCAAGAGAGUGUUGACAACAGAAUUUAUUGAUGGAGUGAAGAUAAGUGAUUUACAGGGAAUAAAGAAGUUGGGCCUGUCUAUCAAAGAUGUGGAUUACAAACUAAUACAGUGUUUCUCAGACCAGAUCUUUUUGUCUGGAUUUGUGCACGCUGAUCCCCAUCCUGGAAACGUAUUUGUUCAGCGUGGAGCUGAUGGUAAGGCUCGGCUAGUGCUUCUGGACCAUGGUCUCUAUGACCAUCUGAAGCAGUCUCAGAGAAAGGCCCUUUGUCGGCUGUACAAAGCUAUCAUCAUGCGACAAGAGGAAGACAUGGAGAAAUUCUCUCUUGAUCUUGGGGUAAAAGAUUUCCAUAUCUUUGCUAUUAUGCUUAUGCAAAGGCCAGUUCAUCUGAAGAAUCGCCCUUUGUUCCGCAUAAAGCCAGUAAGCCGCAAAGAGUGGAAAAAACUCCCUGCCGAACAGAAGAAAGCCAUGCAAGAAGAGUUUGGCAUCAUCCAUGAACGAGUGAUACAAGUCAUGCGUGACAUGCCCAGUUGCCUUAUUAUGAUUUUUCGGAAUCUGAACACAAUUCGAGCCAUCACUCGUGAGCAUGGCCAUGUAGUGGAUCGCUAUGGAAUCAUGGCUCGCAGUGCUAUUACUGGAGUUUACCAAGAUGUGUCAUCAAAAAGUUUUCUAAGCCGCAUGCGAGGGUGGGUGGACAGGUGUGCCUUUGAUUAUCAGGUGUGGAAAGAAAAUGUAACAUUUGGCAUGACCAGCUGGUUCAUCAGAACUUACAUUCGAAUUCUGUCAUGGAUAGGCAGAGCCCCAGACAUUUCAAAGUUUGAAACAUUGCAAAAGUCAGCAGAAAAGAGUUUUGAUGCCCUCUAAGGCUUGAGAGGCUACUUCCAUGACUUUCAACAACCAGGAAUCUCAUGCUCUACAUGUUAUAGGUAAAGAUCAACUUACAACCAACAUGGACCUCAUAGUCUUCAUGAACUCUAUUUGUAUAGAAAUCUGCUUUCAACGAAACAGGGACUUACAAAUGUUCUUUUUUGUAAAACCUUUAUUUGUAUAGAAGUAAUGUUUGACUAAAUACCACACCAUUGUUAAAAUUUAAUAAUGUUCAGGUGUUCAUUUUAUAGCAUUUUAAUAUAUUUGUUCAGGACUCCAUAGUAUCAGUCUAUUUUUUACAGCAACAUUAUUGCUAGUAUGUCAGAUUUAUAAAUCAUGCUGCGAUAUAAUCUUUGGUUGUGUAAAACACAAGGGAAGAUAUCCAUGAAUUGAAAUAUCUCCAGGGUGACAGGAGAGAAUUUCCUGUGUGAUCAUGCAUGCCUGCUUUAAACAGCAGACCCUUCAUUGCUGAAAUUCAAGCAAAGAGAUAUGUUUUUGUGUAGAGGGUAGAAGCUUUAUCAAGUCUGACAAUAAAUGCUACGGCUUUCCUGACAAAAAAAACACCAUUCCCACACAAAAAAAUGGUAUUAUUUUAUUUAUGGGAUCAUCUUUGCAAAUCUUGUCUUUAAUUAUAAUAAGUGGGAAUUUCUAAAGCACAAUGCCUCAGCCAAAGGUGGACUCAUUGCGCUGAACAAGAUCACAAAUAGUAACAAAGAUGCAGAACGAAGAAUAAUGUGAGGACUUGCUGCAUUCCAGCAGUAAAGGGUGAUCACAUUUAAUGGUAACACCUCCAGAGAAUAAGGUUAGUGACAUCAGGAGAAUACUGGGAAGAUACUGAGUAAUCUUGAGACCUGGUUUGCCCUCAAGCUCAAGCUGUGUUAAAUGCUGCUGUGUAGUAGGUCAAAUGACUUUAAAAGACUUUGUGCAAAUGUGACCUUCUCCACACUUUAAAUCAGCGGUUCUCAACCUUAUACUUGACGCCCCCCUUAGCCAGCAAUGUAAUCUAAUUUCACUAAUACCGGUAUAAGAAACUUAAAAAAAUGACCACCUUCGCGCCCCCCAUGUAAGCACGUCGCACCCACCCACCCCAGGGGGACGCGCCCCACAGGUUGAGAACCGCUGCUUUAAAUCAUUGGUGGGCAAGUCAUGAAGUCACGAAUUAUCUGUGUAUCAUAGCACCAUAAACAGUCCUAUAAGGGAAACCAUUUGAAUCAAUCAAGAGCUAAGGUAUAGUUGUCUCCCUUUUUUAAAAUC